AUGCCCGAUCAUCGGCAUUACAUGCAGCUAGCCCUUGCAGAGGCCCGUAAGUCCCCUCCAAAGCCGACCAACUUCUGCGUGGGCGCCGUCCUGGUGGACUCCAUCCGGGACGAGGUCCUGUCCACGGGCUACACCCUCGAGCUGGAAGGCAAUACGCACGCGGAGCAAUGCGCGCUUCAAAAGUUCGCGCAGAAAUAUCACCGCCCGGUGGCGGAGAUCGGGCAAUUCCUCCCGCCCGGCACGGUUCUGUACACGACGAUGGAGCCAUGCGCGCUCCGCUUGAGCGGGAACCUCCCCUGCGUAGAUCGCAUUCUACAAACCCGAGAUGGUGGUGCGGAAGGGGUCCGAACGGUGUACACGGGCGUCCACGAACCGGAGAAGUUCGUCGGGGAGAAUCGAGGGCGGAGCCAGCUCGAGGAGCACGGCGUCGAAUGCGUCCACAUCUCGGGACUCGAGGAUGAGAUCCUGCAAGUCGCCCAGGCCGGACACGAAAGAGAAGCAUAA